AUGCAACAAUUGCUCCCUGUGGCAAUUCGUUCUGUUUUGGAGAAGCCUGCAAGAUGGAUGUAUACGUUUGAAAGAUAUAUGAAAGUGCUAAAGGGGUAUGUUCAGAAUCGUACUCGUCCCGAAGGUUGCAUUGCUGAGCGGUAUAUAGCUGAAGAAGCUGUAGAGUUUUGUACCAAGCAUUUAUCUGAUGUUAGUACAGUUGGAGUGCCUUCAAGCCAAAAGAUGGGAGUUUCAAAGCCAUUAUCAGGUUGCACAGUGAGCGUAGUUGAUCGGGACCUGUUGAACCAAGCACAUCUAUAUGUCUUGGAGAAUACGGAGGAAGUCCUACCUUAUAUCGAGCAACAUAUGAUCCACAUCAAGACCGCUUAUCCAAAAUUUAGAAAGAGAACAAAGUGGCUGCAGGAUAAGCACAAUAGCACUUUCAUUCAAUGGCUACGCUUCAAGGUUCAAAGUGAACUUAAUGAGGAAGACAAUCAUGGCGUAUCAGAAAAUUUAAGGUGGCUAGCAGCUGGUCCAAACAUGGCAGUGCCAUUAUAUAGGAGCUAUCUUAUUAAAGGUAUUAAAUUCAACAUCAAGGCACAAGAUGAUGUGCGGACAACUCAAAAUAGUGGAGUUUAUUUACUUGCACAUACUAUGCAAGUUGCUAGUGCCAAGGAUAAAAAACCCAAUUCUCUCAAAUAUGGGUUUCUAUGGUGUCAUUCAAGAAAUUUGGGACCUUGA